AUGGCUACAGUCCUUUGGAGGGACCAAAUCAUUUUACUGGGAGGGAAGAACAGAGUAGUGUCAGAUCGUCGGUGGGUUAAUGAAACCACAAAGAACGUUACCAGGUACGACACAAAAACAGGAGAGAAUGACAUGUUUCUUGCUAUGAAACAUGCGAGGAACGGCUGUUCAGCAGUCGUUACAGAUGAUGUCAUUGUCGUAAUGGGAGGACACUAUAACUCCGUGGAAUUUUACGAUUUUUGCACGAACAAUUGGCAAGCACUAAAAGCCAUGAAGAAGAUAAGAAUUGACGCAACCGCUGUUGUGUCUCCACUGUAA